CUUUUUUUUUCUUUUUUUUUUUAAACAUAUGCAUAUCCUAAAACAAAUCCAACUUUCAAUAAUCUUCUUUACCUGCUAUUUUAAUCACUACGAUAUGCACUCCGUUUGCAGUCAGUAUUCCAAAUCAUUCAUGGAUUAUUCUUGUUAAAUGCCUUUUCUUUUGAUUUGGUAGUGAUUCUAUUGGCAUUGAUGGUUUUCUUUUUAUCUAGAACACAGCUGUCCAUUAGAGUGUUUGAUCUGAAAAAAGGGUUCACAUCAAGUCUAGAUAUUGUUUAUCAUAUAUAAAAUUCUCUUUCAGGGAAUAGCAGGAUUUUGUAGAUUCCUGAAAAGAUGAGGGGAGCUGUUCUUGUAGCACUUGUUGCUGCGGUGGGGAAUAUGUUACAAGGAUGGGACAAUGCAACCAUUGCAGGUUCCCUUCUUUACAUCAAGAAGGAAUUCGAUUUGCAGACUCAACCUACCAUGGAAGGGCUAAUUGCAGCCAUAUCACUUAUUGGAGCCACUAUUAUUACAACAUUCUCUGGACCUGUAUCAGAUAUAUUUGGACGGCGCCCCAUGCUGACAAUUUCUGCAAUUAUGUAUUUUUUUAGUGGUUUAGUGAUGCUGUGGUCUCCCAAUGUUUAUGUCCUUCUUAUAGGAAGGGCAUUGAAUGGGUUUGGGAUCGGUCUUGCUGUUACUCUCGUUCCAGUCUAUAUUUCUGAAACUGCCCCUUCAGAAAUUAGGGGACUAUUGAAUACCUUCCCACAGUUCCUGGGUUCAGGUGGAAUGUUUCUAUCUUAUUGCAUGGUAUUUGGAAUUUCAUUGAUGGACUCACCAAAAUGGAGGCUCAUGCUUGGGGUUCUUUCAAUUCCUUCUAUCGCUUAUCUUGCAUUGACAAUUUUUUACUUGCCUGAAUCUCCAAGGUGGCUUGUGAGUAAAGGAAAGAUGCGCGAGGCAGAACACGUUUUGCAGAGACUUCGUGGCAGGGAAGAUGUUUCAGGUGAGUUGGCUUUGCUAGUUGAGGGUCUUGGUGUUGGGCGUGAAGGAUCUAUAGAAGAGUACAUAAUUGGCCCUGCCAGUGAUGGCGAGACCAUUGAGAAAGGGCAAGUUAAAUUAUAUGGGCUUGAGGAGGGUGUCUCAUGGGUAGCCAAACCUGUAACUGGACAGAGUAAUCUUGGCAUUGUGUCUCGCCAUGGAAGCAUGGCAAACCAAAGCGUGCCUUUUAUGGAUCCUCUUGUCACUCUUUUUGGAAGUGUGCAUGAGAACCUUCCUGCAAUGGGAAGCAUGCGAAGCAUGCUUCUUCCAAGCACAGGAAGCAUGUUCAGCAUGAUAGGAAAUCAAGGUAGAACCGAAAAUUGGGAUGAAGAGAACCCAAGGGAUGAGGAGGGCUCUGCUUCAGAAAAUUCUGAUUCCGAUGACAAUUUGCAAAGCCCAUUGUUGUCUCGGCAAGAGUCUAGUGCAGAAAAGGAUGCUGCCCGUCCGGCCAAUCUCAGCAUGUUAGGCAUUAGGCGUAAUAGCAGCCUCUUCAAUCCUGGGGAAGAAGGUUCUAUGGGUAUCGGUGGUGGUUGGCAAUUGGCAUAUAAAUAUUCUGAAAGGACAGGUAAAAAUGGCAGGAAGGAAGGAGGGCUACAGAGGAUGUAUUUGAAACAGGAAGGCACCGUUGGUUCUCAGAAAGGGUCGCUUGUUUCAGUUACAGCUGCUGCUGAAUUUCCUGAAGAAGGUGAAUAUGUACAAGCUUCUGCUUUGGUCAGCCAAACUGCUAUUCGCUCUAGGCAAGUACUUGGUCAGAUUCCAGAUGGACCAGCAAAGAUUCAACCACCAGAAACAGCUGAUAAAGGGAUAAGCACUGGCACUCUUUUCGAACCUGGAGUUAAGCGUGCAUUGAUUGUUGGUGUAAGCCUUCAGAUACUUCAACAGGUGUCUGGUAUAAAUGGGGUUUUGUACUACACUCCUCAGAUUCUUGAGCAAGCAGGUGUGGCAGUUCUUUUAUCAAAUAUGGGUUUGAGAUCAGACUCUGCAUCUCUCUUCGUAAGUCUCCUCACGGCACUCUCAAUGCUUCCAUGCAUCGUGAUUGCCAUGAGGCUAAUGGAUGUAGCUGGCAGAAGGUCAAUAAUGCUGUACACAAUCCCAGUGUUAGUAGUGUCGCUCUUUGCAUUAGUCCUAAGCAAUGUUGUGAAUGUUGGGUCAGUUUUGCAUGCAAUAAUUUCUACAGGAGGUGUUAUGACCUACAUAAGCUUCUUUGUGAUGGGGUUUGGGGCAGUUCCCAACAUCAUCUGUGCUGAGAUAUUCCCAACCAGCGUCCGCGGACUCUGCAUCACAAUAUGUGCUCUCACCUAUUGGAUUGGUGACAUAGCCAUAACUUACUUGCUUCCUGUACUGCUCAACUCCAUUGGCCUUUCUGGUGUCUUCGCAAUCUUUUCCUUCUGGUGCAUUGUAUCCUGGAUAUUUGUUUUCUUGAAGGUUCCUGAGACAAAGGGCAUGCCCCUAGAAGUCAUUUCCGAGUUCUUUGCUGUGGGUGCAACUGCCAUCCCCAAAAAUGACUGAUUGAUUUAGAAAUAACAGAAAAACAAUGUGAUUAAUCUAGCACAGAAGGAUUGCUUCACAUUCUUUUAUUUUCAUCAUCUAA